CCCCGGAUGUGGGCGCGGCCCCGAGGUAGACCUGAGAGAGGUUCCACUGUGGCUGUUUGGAGAGGCGGAACUGAGAUCUUUUUCUUGAUUAUCAUGUGACGGGUUCUGGAUUUAAUGGGGGAAAAAGCGUGGUGGAAAAGGCCAAGGAUCCAAACUGGCGAGUUUCCUAAUCUUCGCGCCCCUCUGCGCUCUCCAGCCAGCGGCGCUGCCAGUCAGUCCCACAUUCCACAAUGGCAGCCUCUGGCCAGGAAAGGAGACCAGCACGGAAAAUGCCUUCCUGGGAGCAAAAGCAUCUGUUUUUCAUACCGCAGUAUGAAGUAUCUGCCAGCCAAGUAAACAAGGUAUAUUUCCCUUUUUUCGACUCUGCAACAGCCUCUUUAAACUGUUUAAAUGAGAAUGUCCUUGGCUCAGAGAGUACUACUCACCUGGCUUUUCACAUUACUCUUCUUGAUCAUGUUGGUGUUGAAACUGGAUGAGAAGGCACCUUGGAACUGGUUCCUCAUAUUUAUUCCAGUCUGGAUAUUUGAUACUAUCCUUCUUGUCAUGCUGAUUGUGAAAAUGGCUGGGCGAUGUAAGUCUGGCUUUGACCCUCGACAUGGAUCACACAAUAUUAAAAAAAAAGCCUGGUACCUCAUUGCAAUGUUACUUAAAUUAGCCUUCUGCCUUGCACUGUGUGCUAAACUGGAACAGUUUACUACCAUGAACCUGUCCUAUGUCUUCAUUCCUUUAUGGGCCUUACUGGCUGGGGCUUUGAUAGAGCUUGGAUAUAACGUCUUUUUUGUGAGAGACUGACUUCUAAGGACAUCAUCUCAUUUUACUGCUGUUCAACAAGCUAUCAUUAAAGUGUUCUGAAUCCUUGCAAGCUUGAAGAAUGCCAGAGAACUGAGAAAAAUAUCAAAUGUAAUUUUAUACUGCUUCCAUAAAGUAGUCUUGUUGAAUCGUGGACUUCUAGUCAACCCAAAACUUAAUUAUUCAAUAUUUGAGUUAUUAGUACCCUUAUUGUCCUGUGUAAAUAAAGUUUGUUUUGGAUCUUA